AUGGCCUCGACUUCUCGUAGGAGCAUCUGGGUGGUGUUCACCUGGGUGGUGUUCACCUGGGUGGUGGUCCUCUGUGGACCGCUGGUGGAGGCCUCUUUGUAUUCCUAUUCCUUCACGGCCUCGUUGUGUUCACUCAACGACUGCUCAAUCCACGGCGGCGACCGAAGCAACGACUGCUCAAUCCACGCCGGCGACUUCACCGACCGAAGCAACGACUGCUCAAUCCACGGUGGCGACCGAAGCAACGACUGCUCAAUCCACGGCGGCGACCGAAGCAACGACUGCUCAAUCCACGGCGGCGACUUCACCGACCGAAGCAACGACUGCUCAAUCCACGGCGGCGACUUCACCGACCGAAGCAACGACUGCUCAAUCCACGGCGGUGACCGAAGCAACGACUGCUCAAUCCACGGCGGCGACUUCACCGACCGAAGCAACGACUGCUCAAUCCACGGUGGCGACCGAAGCAACGACUGCUCAAUCCACCCCGGCGACUUCACCGACCGAAGCAACGACUGCUCAAUCCACGCCGGCGACUUCACCGACCGAAGCAACGACUGCUCAAUCCACGGCGGCGACUUCACCGACCGAAGCAACGACUGCUCAAUCCACGGCGGCGACCGAAGCAACGACUGCUCAAUCCACGGCGGCAACUUCACCGACCGAAGCAACGACUGCUCAAUCCACGGCGGCGACUUCACCGACCGAAGCAACGACUGCUCAAUCCACGGCGGCGACCGAAGCAACGACUGCUCAAUCCACGGCGGCGACUUCACCGAUCGAAGCAACGACUGCUCAAUCCACGGCGGCGACCGAAGCAACGACUGCUCAAUCCACGCCGGCGACUUCACCGACCGAAGCAACGACUGCUCAAUCCACGGCGGCGACUUCACCGACCGAAGCAACGACUGCUCAAUCCACGGCGGCGACUUCACCGACCGAAGCAACGACUGCUCAAUCCACGGCGGCGACUUCACCGACCGAACCGACGACUGCUCAAUCCACGCCGGCGACUUCACCGACCGAAGCAACGACUGCUCAAUCCACGGCGGCGACUUCAGCGACCGAAGCAACGACUGCUCAAUCCACGGCGGCGACCGAAGCAACGACUGCUCAAUCCACGGCGGCGACUUCACCGACCGAAGCAACGACUGCUCAAUCCACGGCGGCGACCGAAGCAACGACUGCUCAAUCCACGGCGGCGACUUCACCGACCGAAGCAACGACUGCUCAAUCCACGGCGGCGACCGAAGCAACGACUGCUCAAUCCACGGCGGCGACUUCACCGACCGAAGCAACGACUGCUCAAUCCACGGCGGCGACUUCACCGACCGAAGCAACGACUGCUCAAUCCACGGCGGCGACCGAAGCAACGACUGCUCAAUCCACGGCGGCGACUUCACCGAUCGAAGCAACGACUGCUCAAUCCACGGCGGCGACCGAAGCAACGACUGCUCAAUCCACGGCGGCGACUUCACCGACCGAAGCAACGACUGCUCAAUCCACGGCGGCGACUUCACCGACCGAAGCAACGACUGCUCAAUCCACGGCGGCGACUUCACCGACCGAAGCAACGACUGCUCAAUCCACGGCGGCGACUUCACCGACCGAAGCAACGACUGCUCAAUCCACGGCGGCGACUUCACCGACCGAAGCAACGACUGCUCAAUCCACGGCGGCGACUUCACCGACCGAAGCAACGACUGCUCAAUCCACGCUGCCGACUUCCCCCGCUGAACCAACGACUGCUCAAUCCACGCUGCCGACUUCCCCCGCUGAACCAACGACUGCUCAAUCCACGGUUCCGACAAAUAAACCACCAGAUUGCCAGAAUGGAGGAUAUCCCAAUGGUACAAAAUGUAUCUGUCUAACAGGAUUCCGCGGAGACCUCUGCGAGCUUUUCUCAGAUAAUGUCAAACCAGAUGUGGUUAAUACAAAAGUGAUUAUUGAGAUGGUGGUGGACCAGGCUUAUAAAGCAUCAUAUGAUGAUAUCAACUCACCAGAUUACAAAGACUUUGUGAAGAACUUUACAGAACAGGUGA